UCCCCCACUUCAUCCCUACAGGUCACCAUACUCCGGUGCGGUUACUCAGCACACAGAUCGCACUUUUUGCAGUCUGUUGUUUUUUUGUUUCCUUUCUUUUUUUUCUGGACGUGGGGGUGGGGUGCCGACUCGACUCCCCAGGCAAGCCGCCACACAAGCACCGUCAAACGGCCAUGGGAGCAGAAAGCUCAGCGCAGCGGGACGUCACCGCGAGCGAGGAGGAGAAGGAUGCUUCAGCGGCCGAGGGAGGCUGUGUCCUCGACAGCAAGCCCCUGCAAAAGAAUGGACAAGUCUCCAGCCUGACUAGUCUGAAUGGACACUCGGAGGACAACACACUGACAGAAGUUGGCCAGCCUGAUGGUGUCUCUGUGGCUCAGAAGGAGGACGCCUCAGAGACCAUGGACACCAUCGCAGACGAGCAGACUCCUCAGGUGAAUGGUGACAAAGUGGAGAAGGAAUCUCCCGAGAGCAACGACAUAGCUCCCGUUGAGGAGAAGGCAGCAGAGGAGAAGCCCGAUGAGACGGGCGAAGUGGGCUUCAAGAAGAUCUUCCGCUUUGUGGGCUUUAAGUUCACCCUGAAGAAGGACAAGAGCGAGGAGAAAGAGCCAGUGAAGCUGUUGACGGUGAAAGACAAGGACGGGGAGGUGGUCAACGGAAGCGAUGAACCUGCAAAGGUUGAGGCUGCCAACGCGGGAGAGAACUGCACCGCUGAAGAGAAAGAGGCGCCUGACACUGAGGCUGAAGUCACGAAAGAUGCCAACAACGCCGAGACCCCAGAGGGUCCUGCAGAUGCUGCUGAAACCUCAGAUGAAGCAGUCAAAGAGGAAGGAGCCGAGAAGGAGGGCGAGGCCAGUCCACCGCCCCAGGAGGCUGCGUUGUCCCCUUUCAGGAAGCUAUUUAGUACCGGUCUCUUCUCUAACCUCCGAAAGAAAUCCAGCAUUAAGAGAACUAAAGAGGAGGAAGACAAGGAGGCAGUUGGCGAGGACCAAGUUGAGGAGGCGCACCAUAAGCCAGAGGCAGCGCAAGAAACCAAGGAGGAGGGACUGAUAACCGAAGAGAAAGAAAAAGCCGAAGAGGAGACCCCGGUAUCGCCUCAAGAGGAUAAACCUGAGCCUAGCUCGGAGUCCGAGGUCAUCACCGACAGCCCUACUGCUGCUUCUGAUGAGACGAAGCCCGAAGAGGAAAAAGCAGAAGAGAAAGCUCCAGCAGAGGUAACUUCAGAUUCUGAACUCACAGCUUCACAAGAGAAGGUGAAACCCCAAGGAAGUCCCCUCAAAAAGCUUUUCACUGGCGCUGGCUUAAAGAAACUCUCCACUAAGAGCAAGAAGAGCAAGAAAGACACUGAGGUGAAACCGACAGAGUCUGGGGAGCAAGCGGCGGAACUUCAAUCCUCUACCGAGUCCACGGAAGCGGCAAAAACUGAGAGCGGACCGUCAUCCCCGGAGAAAUCUGGAGAGCAUGCCCUUGAAGUCGAGGGGGCCCAGUCCGAAUCCACGCAGGAAGCCGAAGGUGAAGUUGUCUCUGAUGGAGAGAAGAAAAAGGAAGGAAUCGUCGCCUGGUCUUCCUUCAAGAAACUAGUGACACCCAAGAAGCGCGUGAAAAGACCUUCGGAGAGUGAUGACGAGGUCGCGGGUGAGAAAGCGGCAAAGUCGGCAACCUUGUCUUCUUCUGAAAGCGCUCCGUUAGCAGAUAAGGAUGUAGAGGAGGAAGCUAAAGAGGACAAACCCUCUGAGGAAGAGAAUAAAACCGAAAACACUGAAGACAAACUGGUCAGCAGCACAGAGGAGCCCAAAAAGAAAAUGGACACUUCGGUCUCCUGGGAAGCCCUGAUGUGUAUGGGAGGACCUAAAAAGAGGACCAGGAAGACUUCUGAUUCCGACGAUGAGGAAACCAAGAUUGAAGAGGAGAAUCCUGCUCCGGCUGCCGAAGAUGGGAAGCAAGAGGACAAGACUGAGGCGGCUGUGGUGAAAUCUCAAAGCGUUGAAGGAGAAGACGAAGGCGCUUCCUCCCCAGAACCUCUGACUAGCCCACCUGAGAGAGAGUCCGCCUGGGACACUCUCAAACGCAUGGUGAUGCCAAAGAGUAAGGCUAAAACUGAAGAGAAGACAGAUGAAAGCGCAGAACAGGUCCAGCCAGAAAGCGAAGCACCGAAAGAUGAGUCUUCUUUCUCCCUGAGAAAGUUCUUCCCCGGUCUCAGGAAGAAGAAGGCUGAAAAACAAGCCUCCACCGAGAGCGAGGAGGACUCGGACACACCGGCUGUGGUUCCUCUAUCAGAAUAUGACGCACAAAACGAGGUUGCCCAGGAACAACCGGCGGAGGAAACCGCAAGCAUAGCUCAAGCGUCUUGUGAAGAGAGAUCCCCAUCAUGGAUCGCAGCCACGGUGGGGCGGGGCGAUGACCAACACGAUCAGCUGAGCGAUAUCACCGAAGAAGCAGAGAAUAUCGCCACGCCCAAAUCCGUCGACACGGACAAUGCGGAAGACGACGAUCUGCCCCCAAAACACGCGGGACAGAAAUUAUCCGUCGCUGAAAUUGCUUCAGAAACCACCACCAGCGAUCCCGAGGGACCUACGGAUGAGAACACACAGGAGUGUUUGGUAGCCAUUCAGGUCGAAAUAAGUGAAGUUACAUCCAUGACAUCUGCGAUCUGUGAAGCUCCACCAGUUAUGAUUGCUUCAGAAGAAUGUGAACCACCUUUGCAGCAUGCUGAUUCUGAAUCUCUCCGGCUACUGGAGCCACAUCUCCAGACGGAGGCCAUGGCCAUCUGCACUGGCCUGGAGACCAAGGAGAUCGCUGAAGUUUCUUUCGAGAAACCUGCGGCUCCGAUCACAGAAUGCGUUUCCGUGAUCACCGACGGUCUCCGCACCGAGGUCUUAGUCGAAGACGGGUUGUUAAAAGGGGAGGAGGCUGUUGUGACAGAAGAUGCCCUGUUGAGCGCCCAAGUUCAACAAGUGAAGGACGUUGAGAUCGAGCCCACCGUAAAUUUGCAGAUUGAAGCAUUGGACGUCCAAACUGCCGAGGAGAGCCGCGAACCCAUGCCCGGGGCUCACGGAAUCGUCAAUACUUUGCUGGUGCCGCAAGUUGCGGAGACCGCCGCCGAUGUGGCAAAGGGCGCAACGAUCGAUUCCGUUACGCCAACGGUGGAGGUCCCCGUGUUUUUACAGAACGGAGAAGACAUCGAGCAAAGUGCGAAAACCAUCGUGGGAGAAGAACUUGCCUGUGAAAUUGCAGCACCAAGUGAGCAGGUUAGCGUCAUCACGCAAUCCGUUGUCCUCGUCAGCUCGCCCUGUGCGGACCAAGUAACAACCUCCAAGGCGUCUGAGCCGGAGGAUGCCAUCGAAACCAGUGGCGAUAAUGCGGAGUGCGGUCAAAUUGAGGCCCAGAGCAUGAUCAUCGCCCAGUCUGUAGUACAGGAUGCGGUGGAUAAAGUUUUAGAGCAGCCCAAAACCCCAGAGACCCCCCGAGCCCCCACAACAUACACCGCAACCCCGGUCCAGGCAGUUAUGACCACGGAGGAAGAGAUCGAGAUCUCGGCGGAGCGACCCGUUAUCACCGACACCCCUAUCGCUCUCAUUAAAGAAAAAACUGCAGUGAAGCCUCUUUUUGUCGCCACGCAAUGCGAAACCGUUCCGAUCGAGGUGGCGGAGAUCCUCGGUGGGUCUGCGGCAGAAGACGAGGAAUCAGAGGGAGGCUUGAAGAAAGCCGUGGAGGUAACCGCAAGUGAAUUUGUCAUUGAGGAAGAGGUUGUGGAGAUUAUCGGCGAGAGUCAGACGGACGACAAACUGGAAGCUGUGAAGGAAGAGACGGAGGAAGAGAAACCACAACCGAAGGAAAAGGAGAUCCACAUGGCCGUCCAGGUGGUCCUGCAGACCGCGCAGAUAGUUGAGGAUGAGUCCGUCCAAGAGGAGGCGGUGGUGGAAUUCGGCAGCAACGGCCCCGUGGAUGGCAAAGGAGACCGGCCCGCGAGCGACAAAUCGGAAAGUCACCAGACGGAGGAGAGAACGCCGUCAAAGUGCGCCGAGGUGAUGGCGCAGGUGAUGGAGGUGAUCGAAGAGGCGGUGAAGGAGAUCCAGCCGGCGUCCGCAGAGAUCACACCGGCGUCGUGAGCAGAUGAAGGCACAGCACCGUUGCCCAGGAAACCAGAAGGAGAGCGAUACAAGGAAGAAACGGGAUGUUUGCUAACGACGACCUAUUGACAUGCUGGGAAUAGGCUCCGCCCCUUCCCGCCCUGAGAGAGGCUUGAGUCACCGAGCUUCCUGUCCACCACGCAUCCACCCCCUCCAACUGCAUCGAGCCGUGCUGCCCCCCCCCCCCCCCCAACGAGCCCCAGUCUGUCUCCACUGUGAGGCAAGCGAAUGGACGAGCGUUUACCUGUGUCUGUGUUUGUGUUUCUAAUAGUGUGAAGGCGUGAGAGAAUCUCAAAAGGUAAACCGAUUGUAUAUUGUAUUUAUAUCGUGAGUAUUGUUCCAGUCCCCCUUUAUUUUUUCAUGUUGAGCCCAAUUUGUUUCUUUUUUUUUCAUCACACGUGAAGAUUAUUUUUUAAAAUGCCAGACGCAACAAGUCAUUACCAAAGCUAAUUGUUGCAUCAGGCAAGGAGGGAAUGGGUUUCAAGUAUUUUGUAGCAGCCAUGGUACAAACUGUGAUAUUGUCAAAUAGGUUAAAAAAAAACAAUUUGGAGAAUUUCUUUCUUUUUUGUAUCUACAUGAAACUUCAUGUUUCAUGUAGAUACAAAAAACAGGUGCUUCCUAAUUUACUGUGAAAGAACCUUUUACACUUGUUUUCUUUUUGUCGUAACACAAUAAAAUGCUAUUAUACCAGUCUCACAUCAUCAUGUCGUAGAAAAAAACCCAAACACGUUUCGGGUUAACUAUAGUGCAUUAAUUUAUGAAUGCAACUACUUUUGACCACCACAGUCUGGAGGUUGCUGAAAACAUUUAUUGUUCAAUACAUUUGCUUUAGUUGAAUCAAUGGCUGACACCAGCAAGCUUUUGAUCAAAAUAAGAAAACACAUUUAUCAAGCAUCUGCCUUUUUUUUGUACAUAAAUGUUUCCCAAAAAGUCAUUUUCGCCCUCUGUCAGCUUUAACUUCAGUGUGAGCUUGUUAACACUUGUACAGAUGCUGUGUAUACACUUGUAUGUACUGACAAAGCCUCUUGUUAUAACAACAUAUAUGCUUCAUUCUUGAUGAUAUUCACAAAAGCAUGAUUUUAACAGUCUUUUUGUAUUUUCCAAGCUGUUAAUAGUACGGCUAUACAAACAUGUCUAUAUUUCAUUCAAUAAAGUUUAGAGAGUCGGGGGAAAAUAA